AAUAUAAUACCAAAACCUCAGAGAUUCAACUGUUUUUUUCUUGAAGCAAAUUAAGUCUGAAAUGGAAGUAGGCAAGAGAAUGGAGAUGUUACAAAGGAUGUCGUCGAUAGAGACGGAGCCCAGGACAUUGCAUCUCGAUCAAAUAGAAAAUGCCCGAGAGGAAGCAUUGUGUGUGAUAAAGACAAAGACCUUCCAGGAAGCACUCUAUAUUUUCACAAAGGAAACGCAAGAGGGCAUAAGGGCUGGUGAGGAGAAAAGGGGAAGAUGUUUAGAUUUGAAGGAUUAUGAUGAUGAAGAUGAGAGACUAAUCUUUCUUGAUCCUCAUGGUUGGGACAUUGCUUCAGCUCCUUUUUAAUUAGAAACUUCUUGUUUUGUUUUAAUCUUUUUUGUCUGUUUUUUUCUUUUUGACAAAAUCUGUUUUGAUGUACUCCUUGAAUUCACCGUGUAAAUAUAUGAUGUAUACUAAGAGAUGAUUAGAUAUUCCACUAUAAAUACAAUCAUCUUUUGGAAUUGUGAAACGAACAUCUGCGGUUUGAUAAAAGGAAGUACAACAAUAUUUUUUUUCACCACAAGU